UUCCUUAAACGUUCCCUGUGCCCUCUACCAUUGCAAAAGGGUCGUGCAGGGUUGGACGGUGAAGUCGGUGUGACCGGGCUGCCCGGACCAAAGGGUCAGCCCGGAGCCGUCGGUCUGCAGGGCCCUCCCGGGCCGAAAGGACACCCGGGAGAUGUGGGCCCACGAGGGCCGAAAGGCUCGAUUGGUCUGCGCGGUGUCCCCGGCCCGAGAGGGGUGCUCGGCGAGCUGGGACCCUCAGGAGAGGUUGGGGCGCCCGGGUUUCCGUCUCAUUUUUCCGCCACAUUUGGUGUUUUGCACAACAUUUCUUUCGCCUCCCUUUCUCGCCUGCUUCACUCGCGACAGGGGCCCCCGGGUCCGGCCGGUAGUUCUGGGCUCCGCGGACUGCCCGGCUCGAUGGGUCCCCCCGGACCGAAGGGCGAGAUGGGCGACCCCGGCGAGCCGGGCCCAGUCGGGCCAAUCGGAGCCGCCGGCCCCGCUGGCCUGCCGGGGCCGCCAGGCAGCCGCGGUUUCCUGGGCCCCUCGGGCGAACGCGGUCCCGUCGGAAACACCGGCGUCCCGGGCGUGCCGGGCUUGCCGGGCAAUCCGGGAAUGCAGGUGAGCCCCUCACAGCGCGCCAGUUGGCAAAAACACGCUGUUUUCCUACAUUUUGCCCGGUUCGACCAACUUCACGGUUGCCUAGUCACCAAACUGUCUGUCUCCGAGGCGGACGCCGGCCAGCGCCGACUUCACCGACUCCUUCCGGCCAGUCGCGCAGGUCGGCGUUCGUCUUGUAACCGGGCCGACCGAUUGGUUGUCCGUCUCUCUCUCUCUCUGUCGGGCGAAGCCGGCGACAAGGGCGAGCCCGGCGAGCCCGGCGAGUUGGGCGACCCCGGCCUGAUUGGUCCGUUCGGCUACAAGGGGAACCGGGGCGCCCGCGGCCUCACCGGCCCGAAGGGGAACGAAGGCAAGCCGGGCAUGACGGGCGUCCGAGGCGAGAUCGGCUUGAAGGGCGAGAAGGGCGAGCGUGGCGCUCUGGGACCCCGCGGCGCCGAGGGUCCCAACGGACUCAAAGGCGAGCCCGGCCUGCGCGGAGAGCCGGGACCGCGAGGAGUCGAGGGGGAAAAGGUGAGUGUCGUCCGGCCCGGCGUCAAGGGCCGAGAGCAGAGUUUGGCGAAACUUAAACUGGACGAAUGGCAACUGUUUAACCCUCUCUCUCUUUCCCACUUCGACACUACCAUCUGUCGACAGGGCGACCAGGGGGCAACUGGUGGUUAUGGCUAUCCCGGCAACCCGGGCGAGAAGGGUGUCGAUGGGCCCGUGGGCCUGCGCAGUCGGGAGGGCGAGAAGGGCGAUCCCGGACCAAUGGGACCGCUCGGUCUGAACGGGCCACCCGGGCCUCAGGGAUCCCCAGGACCUCGGGGAUCUGUGGGCCAGUCUGGACCAAUAGGAAUGAAGGGAGAUGAGGGCAUGAUGGGAUCGCCGGGACCCAGUGGAGCCCCGGGACCCCAGGGUCCGGUGGGACCGCCGGGCUUCUUCGGCAUCAGUGGACCAGUGGUAAGUUGA